AAAAACACAAAAAACAAAAAAACUGCGCCAUUCGUAUGCGCUGUGGUCACCGAUAUUUUUUUAAAAAAAUUUUUUUCACACUCGCUUCCCCUUCCCCUCGCUUUCCUCAUCGUCUCCCUCGUCGCACCUCCGAGAGCACAGAGCCUUUUUUUUGCUUGCGAAAGCGUUCUCCUCUGUAAGAGAAAUAUGCGAACAAUCAUCAGCUUGUCUUGGGAAGUACCUCUGUGAUGAAUAUGUUAUCUUCUGGGGUUUUAUAAGUAGUAUAAAGCACUUUUCCUACCUUGUCCUAUUGGCUAUGAAGCAAUCAUGUUGACAUUAUAUGCUUCAUCAUCACUCUGGAGUCUCUGGAUUGAUCGAGAACCAAAACCAUUCGUGCAGAAUUUUCCGGCCAGCAUUACACAUGCUAACGUCACCAGUGGGAAAGUAGCUUGUAUUUCCUCAGAAAGCCAGUAUGUACUGAAGCUGCAUAGUGAAUUGUGUUCGAAGUAUAACUUUACCAGGUUAAGAACUACUCAUCGCAGCUGUAGUCCAAAAGAAAUACGCAUAAAAAAUUGGCUGCUCCGUUUUCAUAUUAAUGCGUCGUCAGAUGAGGACUUUCGCUCGUCCCGCAACAUAGCAAUCAGUCUCUUUAGGCGUUAUAGGAAUGCUAUUGAUCGUGGGGGUGGAGACAACCUAAAAGAAUUCAUCACUGCGGGGGUGAAUGCAUAUGCACUUGGUUGUACUGAUGAGGGUUUACGGAAAGAACUUAUGGAUCUGAAAGAUUCUGGUGUUGAAAUUGAAGGUCUACAAACCUAUGGAGGAGGCACCAGUCUGAAGUUCAAAGUCCUUUAUGAGGAGGUUCACGAAUGCAUUCUAUGGUUGAGUAUUGUGUUCAUCACAAUCCUGUGUACGCCGCAACCAACUGUUGUUAGGUGGUCUUCUAUGUCACCAGUUUCAUCUGAAGUGUUGCAUCAGUGGAAAGGAUUCUGUGCUCUCAUAGCAAAUGCUUAUUAUAUGAGAGGGAUGGCAUGGUUGCCAGUGAAGACUCUCCAGCUGGAACAGAUGGCUGUGAUGGCCAGUGUAGAGGAGCCAUCACUUGUAGCUUGUCGGAUGAGAUUAGUUUUCAACACGUUAGAGGUAGUAAGCCCACAGUGGCCUAAAGUCUAGAGAAUCAGUAAAUAUCUUCUGCUAUGGUGUGUGAUAUUUAGAAGAGAAACCAAAUCUGACUGCAAAUUUUGUCAUUACUUGAAAAACAAACAUGCACGUUAAAAUAUUUUAAAUGUAAAUUUGAUGGUGUUAAAGGAUUAAUGUGUAUGCUAUGUAACUUCAAAGUAUGCUUUCUGGCUGGCACAUGUCAUUGUAGAAUGAUAAAUGAACUAUCUACUGGUAGUUUUCUCGCAUGGAAAGAUUCUUGAUGAUUAUACC